AUGGGGCAAAGUCAAAGCUCUAUGUUGAGCAAGAGUGGCCGAAGGAGCUCGUUCCGGAGGUUCGUCCGUCGGAGUAAACUAAACAAAUCCAGUUUGAGUCACACAUUCAAUUUGCCGCCAUCCGACGACUAUCCGGAGCUGAUGAACGUGAACACGGCGACGGAGGAGCAGCUGAUGACACUGCCUGGCGUGAACAGGCAGUUGGCGCGGGAAAUAGUGAGGCAUCGGCAAAUGAUAGGUCGAUUCAAACGAGUAGACGACCUCGCUCUUGUUUCAGGUAUAGGUGCUGAUAAACUAGAAUUACUAAGGCCAGAGAUAUGCACAAAUAUAAGAAAACAAAUAUCUAGAGCAAGUUCACUGACACAAUCUUUAGACAGCGUACGGAUACAGUCUGAGAGCAAACUGUGUUCUGUAAACUCAUCAAGUGUAUUCCAGUUACAAUGUGUACCGGGACUCAACCAAGAAAUAGCCGCAAACAUAGUAGACUACCGUAACAAAAAAGGCCCUUUUAAGUCAUUAGAUGAUUUAAUUAAAGUACGAGGAAUGGAUAUUGUGAGGCUGAGUGCAGUCAAACCUCACCUAAGUUUGGAAUCAAGGAAGUGUGAAAGUGUGCAACAUUUAACGAAUGGACAUGUCAAUGGUUGGAACGAAGUAGAGAGUAUGCCCAACGGAGUCUCGAGUACUCCUAAAACUAAAACACCACCACAUAGAAAGAGUUUAUCAAUGCCGAAUAAUACUAAGUAUCCAAUGACAUUGCCAAAUGGUUUUGCAACGGUACCUGUGAAUGAUAUUUUGGACUUGCUAUCUGCAUACUCACAUAGGCCUAUUGUAGAAGAGAACUUCAUGUAUGAGCGAGACGGUGUUAGAUGUUGUCGACUUGCGUCGUGGAAUCUUCAUGAGCUCAGUGUGGAGAAGAUAACGAACCCUGGUGUGAGGGAAGUCGUCUGCAGGACUAUUUUGGAAAAUAAGUUAUCGCUAAUAGCCGUACAAGACGUAUUAGAAGAGGCUGCGUUGAAGAUCAUCUGUGAUGAAUUAAAUUCCCCCGUUUUAAGGAGGAUCAGAGAAUGGAGGUGUAAUAGCCAACGGUGGCAGUACUGCUUGUCUGAACGAAUAGAAAGCCGACAGUUAGGAUUCAUAUACGACUCGGUGACCAGAGGUAUCACGGUGGAAGAUAUCGACCUGGACCAGGUCUGUCUCCUCACUGAAGCUCCUGAUGCCCGGCGCCUUGUCACCGAGCUGACAGCAUUGCGAAGCGAACGAUACAUUGUUGCUCCCCAAGCGUUCCUGCUAUGCAGUCGACCAGUGAUAGUCGUGAAUAUGCACUUCAAAGGCACCCUGGAAGCUGAUGACGUCACCAGUCUGAGAAGUAUAGCAGACCUCGCGGUCUCCAGCAAGAUGGAGCUGGUUUUCAUCGGAGAGUUCAGGACGAGGAGUAAUGUUCAAUCAUUCAAAACCUGCCAAUCGGUCCUGAACGAAGAAAUCGUUACUACGGUCGACAUGAAAGCUACGGGCCAAAGCGGCAUCUUAUGCCCCGGGAUGCUGGACAGCACUUCUUUUAAUGGACAGUCGGGUGCUAUCAAAACAGGACUCAGUCACUUAGCCAUACCACGUGGCUGGUCCUGGGGAGGCCCAGCAUCUCCCUACUGCCCAAUCUGGGCCGAAAUAAAGGUUCCAGAUUGA